AUGGUUACUGGCCUUUUUUGUAACCUAAUUCAAGGUAUAAUAAUGACAGGAGAGAUGAAAGGAAUUCAGAUCCUACUUCCACAAAUUUGA